GUGAGAGUGGGAGUGGGAGUGGGAGUGGGAGUGGGAGUGGGGGUGGAGAUAGGGACAGGGAUAUGGGUGGGGAAGGGAAUGGGAAUGGGGAGAGAGCGAUGAACGCUGUGUAUGAAAUGAGUAUUGAGUGGUUGGGUCGGUUGUAUCAGUCUAUUUCUAUUCAGGACAUACGUGGACAAGGAGAGGCAUCGACUUGUACGGAUACCAAUACCAAUACCACCUCCACUACCUCCACCACCUACUCAUCCACCUCAAUCAAUACCUCCUCCACAUCCAUCACCACCUCCACCCCCAUCGAUAUCACCACCACCCUCGAACAAACCAUCCUCUCCCUAAUCCGCGACCUCCAGACCCAUUCCCGGAUGGGGAAGAUCUUCCCCACGCGGACGUUCGUGGAACACCUGUGGGAGGUGGUGGUGUUUGGGUGUGGGUUGGUUAUGUCGUCGAAGUGUUGUGCAUCUACGUCGUCCACGUCUAGGUCUACGUCUAGGUCUAUGGGUUCAACGACGUCUGCCGCUGUGGUGAACCGUUCAUCUUCUGAGUCUUUGACCACAUUAACAACACCAUUAUCACAUACAUCCCAACCCUCCUCUCAACCCUCUCAACCCUCCCAGCCCCCCUCCCAGCCCUCUCCUUCUCCUCCGUCUCCUUCUCCCUCUCUAUCAUUCAUAAUCCCCACAACCCACAUCCUCUCCGCCCAGGAAACGUUCGAGGAAGCAAUCAAGCCUCGGCAGGUCGCGUUGUCGGGGCUGAUGAAUCGGUUGCAUAGGAGGUUGUUCCGAAGGUUGGAUCGGUCUGGGGGCGGGAGGGGUAGUAGAAGUGGAAUCAAUGUGAACGGGACAAGUGGGUUGAAUGGGUUGUUGAAUGCGAAGAACGCGAAGAAGACAAGAAGAAGAAGUUUCUCUGACGUCGAUGGAGUUGAUGGGGAGAGUGUUUCGAGUAACAAACGUCUUCGCCUAUCCACUGGUUCCGCGAAGUACUCCAACCACUCAAACUACUCCAACCACUCAAACUACUCCAACCACUCAAACUACUCCAACCACCCAAACUACCCCACCUACUCUCCCUACUCAACCUAUUCCCACAACCCCUCCGUCUCCGCCUCGAGAUCCACCUCCGUCCCAGGAUCCGCGUCUACAUCCGUUAUUGAUCUCGAUGACAUCGAGGUUACUGAUGUUACCGAUGUCGUGGACGACGAUAUGCAGGACAACGUGGCGGACAACAACAACAACGACAACGAAGAGAUACAGAACGCCUGGGAUAACGAUGAUGACAACGAUCCUGAUUCCCAUCAUACUUCUCUUUAUGGAUCCCGCUCGAUGUCUGUGAUGAGCCUCGGUUCUUACCACGGAGAUGGUAGAGGUAGAGGCGCGGAUGGAAAUGGAAAUGAACGCGGGGAAGGUGAAGGUCUGGAUGAUGAGGGAGGUGAAAGUGAAGAAAGAGAAGAGGAGACAGAGAAGAAGAAGGUCGUAACAGUCGCGAUGCUGAGAGCGUUAACGAGGGAUUUGAAGGAGAGAUAUCGAUAUCGGACUAGUUCUUGAGGUGGUGCUUUAGUGCGUUGGUGCGUUGGUGCUGUUGAGCACUUGCGUGAAGUCAGCUUGGAGGUAGAGUAGAGGUGGCUGUUGAAAUACUUGGAAAAUCGUGGCAUGCGUCCCGGUUGUACUACCUUUUACUACAUACAUCAUACAUACAUAACACACAUACACACAUACCAGAUACUUUUCUCUUUUUUCUCUUUUUUUCUCUUUUUCUUUUUCGGUUUUUUUCUUUCGUCCUCAAACUCCCCUUCGGAAUACGUACAAUCAUACGCGUGUUUACUCCAUCCAUCCCAUCCAAUACAUAUAUGUUUCGUCUAGUUUCAUUUGUCGUCGCAAAAGGAAUGUUUAAUCAAUUCGUGAAGUGCUCGAC